CAAUCACAUGCCUGACUUCAUUGGCAAUCGGUUUCAAUUAUCUUAGUCAUUAGAUUAAAAGAACGGUCCACAAGUAAUUAGAAAAUAGAAACUCGUUCUUAGAUUUCAGGAUGGCUAUAAAUGUAGGAUAAGAUUAAGCGCAAAAUUACCGCCACAAAAUAUGGAGCGCAACCAAAGAGGUUUCUCUGCCACCACCACCCACGGCGGUCCACCACUUCACACGGUGGAACCCCUUGCUCGGACCAUGUUUAACCGACUAUUCGCGGUGGUUUACACUUGUGGACUCAUAGUUCAUUUUUCUCAUCAUGCGCAGAAUCUCUUUCAAUCCAGAUCCAUACUGUCCUUCUCUAUACACGUAUCUCUACUACUCUCUGAUCUUGUUCUCGCCUUCAUGUGGGCCACCACACAGGCUUUACGGAUGUGUCCAGUUCAGCGCAGACAGUUUCCGGAGAACCUCGAAAAAGUUGUGAGAAGAAGUGAGUUUCCGGCUCUGGAUGUGUUCAUAUGCACGGCGGACCCGUACAAGGAGCCGCCAAUCACGGUGGUUAACACGGCCUUGUCGGUUUUGGCGUAUGAUUAUCCGACGGACAAGUUGUCAGUAUUUGUGUCUGAUGACGGUGGCUCUGCACUGACUCUCUUUGCUUUCCUGGAGGCUGCCAAGUUUGGGAGAUACUGGUUGCCAUUUUGUCGGAAGAACGACGUCAUGGAGAGGAGUCCAGAGGAGCAUUUCAUGGCAUCAGAUCAUGAUCAUUGGUCCUCUGAGACUCGGGAGAUCAAGACGAUGUAUGAGAUCAUGAAGACUAGGGUGGAAUUCGUGGUUCAGAGUGGAAAAGUUGGCGAUCAGUAUAUCAGUUCUGAUGAAGAGCGCCAGAUUUUUGAAAAGUGGACGGACGGAUUUACCGAUCAAGAUCAUCCUGCUGUAGUUCAGAUUCUAUUAGACAACGGCAAGGACCUAGACAUCACAGGCCAUUCUAUGCCAAACCUCAUUUAUGUCUCUAGAGAGAAAAGCAUGACUUCUCACCACCACUUCAAAGGUGGUGCCCUUAAUGCCCUGCUUCGAGUAUCAGCUCUCCUAAGCAAUGCUCCGAUAGUUCUAACAUUAGAUUGUGAUAUGUACUCAAACAAUCCUCGAACACCUCAUCAAAUGCUCUGUUACUUCUCCGAUACAACAAUAAUCCCUUAUCACUUGGGGUAUGUCCAAUUUCCUCAGCGGUUUAAGGGCAUCAACAAGAGUGAUACCUACAGUUGUGAGUACAAACGUAUGUUUCACAUUAAUCCUAUGGGGUUGGAUGGGCUACGAGGCCCUGAUUAUUUUGGUUCAGGGACCUUCUUUCUUCGACGGACUUUCUUUGGAGGCCCAUCAACUCCAAUAUCACCGGAAAUACCAGAGUUGCGACCAGCCCAUAUUGUAAACAAGCUCAGCAAGUCCCAAGAGAUUUUGGCACUGGCCCACUUUGUAGCUGGAUGUAAUUAUGAGAAUAAUACCAAUUGGGGCUCCAAGAUUGGGUUCAGAUAUGGAUCACUGGUUGAGGACUACAACACUGGUUUUAUGUUGCAUUGUGAGGGGUGGAAGUCCAUAUUUUGCAAUCCUGAUAGGGCAGCAUUCUAUGGGUAUGCACCCAUAAGCUUGGUUGAUACUUUGAAUCAGAGCAAGAGAUGGGACAUUGGACUUCUUGAAGUAGCAUUCUCUAAAUAUAGCACAAUAACCUAUGGUGUUAGGGCUAUAAACCCUCUCAUGGGCCUCGCUUAUUCACACUAUGCAUUCUCGCCGACUUGGUCCAUUCCAAUCACCACAUAUGCCUUUCUACCCCAACUAGCUCUUCUCAACCAAGUUUCUAUCUUACCUAAGGGUUCAGAAUCUUGGUUUCUCUUGUAUGUAUUCCUUGGCGUAGGGGCCUAUGGACAAGAUUUCCUUGACUUUGUAUUAGCUGGAGGAACGGUGGACCGGUGGUGGAAUGAUCAAAGGAUGUGGAUGAUAAAGGGGCUCUCGUCUCAAUUAUUUGGAUUUAUUGAGUUCUUGGCCAAGCACAUUGGCAUUUCCACAAUUAGUUUCAAUGUUACAAGUAAAGUAGUUGAUGGUGAGCAAAGGAGAAGAUAUGACCAAGGGAUUUUUGAGUUUGGAGUUGCAUCACCAAUUUUUAUUCCCCUAGUAAUGACAUCAAUGAUCAACUUCGUCUCCUUCGUUCGAGGAGUGUUCGGAAUUCUUGGAUGGAAGGACAUGGAAGGACUAGUCAUGCAAAUGUUCAUAUCAGCAUUUGUGAUGGUGAAUUGUUGGCCAGUUUAUGAAGCCAUGGUUAUGAGAAUUGACAAAGGAAAAAUGUCAGGAAAAGUCGUUGUCAUUGCAGCAAUUUUGACAUUUGCAUUAUAUGAAUCCGCCUCACUCAUUCUCAAUAAAUAAUGGCUUAAGGGGAUUGUAUGAUCGGACUAUUUCAAUUAUGUUACUGAUACUAUAAAAGCUUCACUACCAUUUCAUGGGCAAUUUUUUUUCCAA